AUGCGUUCCCAUUCGAAAUCCUCAAAUGUAUCAGAUAAUUUUGUAAAUGUCAACGCAAUAAAACAGGACAUUAGGAAAUCAGAAUUUCUCAACAGUUUGGAUGUAUUUGGUGAUAAACUUUUCCAAGAAUUGGUAGCGGAAAAUCCUGGAAAAAGCAUAUUCUUUUCACCAUUCUCCAUACAAACAUGUCUCACAAUGACCCGCAUGGGAACUGUGGGUCAAAUAUCUCAGGAAAUGGAUACCUGCUUAAAUAUCACAGGCAAGUCGCUGGAUAGUGUUGCCCAUAAAUAUCACGAACUCUUGCAAAAAUACGAAAACAAUUCCUUGCUGAAGGUAGCCAACAAAAUUUAUGUCAUGGAAAAUCAUAACGUAAAAGAGGACUACAAUAAAACAUUGGUCCAGAGUUUCUUCGCCACCGUGGAAAAUAUAGAUUUUUCCAAAAGUGAUGAUGCAGCCUCUGCCAUAAACAAAUGGGUGGAGCAUAGCACCGAUG